AGUAACCAAUUCACAUUUUAUCACUUCGCUAGAGAAAUUUCAAGCUGAUCUAUGUGCAUAAAAAAAAAUUGCAGCAAUAGCUUCAAUAUUCCUUGAAUAAAAACAAGGCAAAACCAGGUGGAAAACAGAAGCAAGACACCAGAUAAGUCAGUUAAAGAUUUACAGCCCAUGUCUUGACUCAGAAAAGAAAACACACAAAAUGGCAAAAGAUAAUAUUAAAACCAAAACUUUAUACAAACUUGUCAAUUCAUUAUCAAGAAAAAUAAUAAAAAGAAAACAGAGGAAUCGAACCCCCCCACUGCCAUAUUCAUUUGUCCUCUUGUCUGCUUCGAUACCCAACAAAAUCAGCUCGCGUUACCAUCACCCCGCCAUCCGACCACUUCUCUUUAUUUACAAUUCAAUUUCAUCGUCAAAGAUUAAAAAUAUACCCCAAAAUCGAGGUUUCAGCUUUUGGCAAUGAAACGGAGAGCCCCAGAUUCUCAGGUACCUGGAACCGACCAGAAAAUGAAGAAAACAAAAGAAGACGCUGAUGAAGAUAAAGAAGGUGGGUUGAUGAAUUUAGAUGAAAAUCUGUUGUACGAGGUUUUCAAACAUGUUGACGCGAGGACUUUAGCGAUAGCCUCUUGUGUUAGCAAGCUGUGGCUCAAAACCGCCAAAGACGAGCGACUUUGGGAGCUGAUCUGUACCAGGCACUGGGCUAACAUCGGCUGUGGAACCCAACAGCUUAGAUCUGUGGUUUUGCCUCUUGGUGGCUUCCGCCGUCUUCACUCGCUUUACCUUGGGCCGCUUUCUAAGCCUCAAGGUGCUUCAGCUUCGUCUUGGGCUUCUCCGUUUCGCAAGAUUAUUAACUCCAAGCCGCCUGCUCGGUGGGGGAAAGAUGAGGUUAAUCUUUGUCUGUCUCUUCUCUCUAUUCAGUAUUAUGAGAAGAUGAAUUUCACUAACAGAGGCAGAUAAUUCUAAUUAAUUACUUACUAUAUAUAGCAUUAUAAAUAAAUGAAUCAAAUAUAAAUAUAUCUCUUAAUUUCUAGUUUUGGGGUUUUUUUUUUGUAGUUUUGGCAUUGUCUUCUUGUAUUUGGCUUGGGAUUUUUUUUUAUUUCUUUAAUUUUGGAAUUUUUGUACCUAAGCUGGGGUUUUCUGAACUAGAUCUGUAAUUCUGUACGAAUGUUAAGUAUGAAACGAACCGGUUAUUCCUUUAAUUUAUGGUUUCUAGAUUUAAUAUUGCUGUUUUGAAGGUGUUCUUGAAACGCAUUUUUAUUAGGAAAGUGGCAAGGGCCAACGAGGGGGGGGCUGGUGAGACUGGCAAAUGGUGAAUAGAUUGGAUUCGAUUUGGAAAGAUAAGCCUGGGUACUGGGUAGGCAGAACAAAGCAGGGGGUCCAAUUCGUAGUAUUUGUUGAUGUCUGGUACAGCUAACAUUUAUCUGCCAAUUUUUUCCAUGGCCAGAUUGUAAGAGACAGUGAGUUUGGGUUUUAGUACUUUUGUUAUUGCAUUUUAUAUGUGUUUUCUGCAUGAGCCAAGUACCUGAGAAGGAUAUUGUCGUAUUGUUAGUCCUU